CUCCUACCCCCUCCCGAGAUCAAAAGCCUUUUUGAGCCGCUCUGUGACCAGUAGUGGGAACAAAGAGGCACCAGAUAGGGACUGGCUGGAGGGGAGAGAGGAGCAAGGGGCCAGGACUGCGGGUGGAAGCCGCUCCGCUUUGAUACCCCGGCUCCUCCAGGUCAGCCGUGGCUGCUACGCUGGUCUGCCCGCUGCCCACAUGGCCUUGAGAGGCGUCUUCGCCCGGUUGCUGAGCAGCGGACACCAUCAGAGGUUCCUACGCGCGUGGGGCUCGGCGUCAGCACAGACCGAGAAGGGCAAGAAGACAGAGAGCCGACCCGCCAAGACCUUGCGUCCAGAGUUUGACUGGAGAGACCCCCUUGUGCUGGAGGAGCAGCUGACAGCGGAUGAAAUCCUUAUCAGGGACACUUUCCGCACCUACUGCCAGGAGCGUCUCAUGACCCGCAUCCUGCUGGCCAAUCGUAACGAAGUUUUUCACCGGGAGAUCAUCUCAGAGAUGGGGGAGCUUGGUGUUCUAGGCCCCACAAUCAAAGGGUAUGGCUGUGCUGGAGCCUCAUCUGUGGCUUAUGGGCUUCUGGCCCAGGAGCUAGAGCGGGUGGACAGUGGCUACAGGUCAACGAUGAGUGUCCAGUCCUCCCUCGUCAUGCACCCCAUCUAUGCAUAUGGCAGUGAGGAGCAGCGGCAGAAGUACCUUCCCCAGCUGGCCAAAGGGGAGCUCCUGGGCUGCUUCGGGCUCACAGAGCCCAACCAUGGUAGUGACCCUGGCAGCAUGGAAACCAGAGCCCUCCACAACCCAUCCAGCAAGACCUACACCCUCAGUGGGGCCAAGACCUGGAUCACCAACUCGCCUGUGGCCGACCUGUUUGUAGUGUGGGCUCGGUGUGAAGAUAACUGCAUUCGGGGCUUUCUGCUGGAGAAGGGGAUGCAGGGCCUUUCAGCCCCCAAGAUUGAGGGCAAGUUCUCCCUGCGGGCCUCGGCCACGGGCAUGAUCAUCAUGGAUAGUGUGGAGGUGCCAGAGGAGAACUUGCUGCCCAACGCUUCGGGGCUAGCGGGUCCCUUCGGCUGCCUAAACAACGCCCGGUAUGGCAUUGCCUGGGGUGUGCUUGGAGCUGCUGAUUUCUGUUUGCACACAGCCCGUCAAUACACCCUAGACAGAAUCCAAUUUGGUGUCCCACUGGCCAAGAACCAGCUGAUUCAGAAGAAGCUGGCAGACAUGCUCACCGAGAUCACGCUGGGCCUUCACGCCUGCCUGCAGCUUGGCCGCUUGAAGGAUCAAGACAAGGCCACACCAGAAAUGGUCUCCUUGCUCAAGAGAAAUAACUGUGGGAAGGCCCUGGAUAUCGCUCGCCAGGCCCGAGACAUGCUGGGGGGAAAUGGGAUUUCUGACGAGUAUCAUGUGAUCCGGCACGCCAUGAACCUAGAGGCCGUGAACACCUAUGAAGACUGUGGUGUUUGCACCUGGCAACUGGUUGUGACUCACAUUGGGCCCAGAACCCCUUGCCUCAUGGGAAUACAGACAUGGAAAAAGGGACUCACGACAUUCAUGCUCUGAUCCUUGGAAAGGCAAUCACAGGGAUCCAGGCAUUCACCACCAGCAAGUGAUCACACUUCACCCAGGUGCCCGGAUGGUCCUGAGCCUCUUCCUAGGGAGCUGCUAUGCUCUGAGCUUACUCAGGGAGGUGGCAGAUGGAGCCAAUUUUUAUGGGGGGAGGUGAGAGACACUGACUUUUCAAUAUCAAAAUUUCCCUUUUGAAGUCACUCAAAUGUACUCCUUAAAAAUAAGAUGGGACUCUCUGCAUCAAGUGUCUCAAUCCACUUUUCACCAUGAUGGGAAUGGGCUCCACUUACCCUGGAACAGAAGCUCUCUUGAUGGGGAGUAGGGCGAGGGAGGAAAGUGACAGGGAAACAACUUCUGUGAGAUCCACUGACCUGGUGCCUGACCACGCAAACCCCUGCACGCCAAGAGUUCCUUGUGUGCCCUCUGACACUCCCAUCUAGGGGAGUAAGUGCCUUAUUCUGGAUGUUGAGUCAGAAUGAGGGAAGAGAGAAUAAUAAAGAAUCUGCAUGUCUGACCCACAGUAUUGGGUUACA